AAAGACUGAUCGUAAAGAAUGAAAUCUUAUUCUAGUAUCGUCAGCAUUGACAUUUACGACGCGGGAAAAGGGGACGGGAUUUUCGAUUCGUCUCUCCUCCUUGUCUCCGAUUCUCGGGCAUAGAAGAGAGAAGUUUAGAGUCACGUCUCUCCAUCCCCCUCUUUUCACCAAAGGAUUUUCGCCCAUUGAAUUUCCGUGGAGGCGAAUAAGUUUAUCCCGAGGCCCGAUUCGUUUUAUCACCGAUUUAUUUUUACGCGUUCGAGUCGAUGGAAUUUUUACCUAUUCCGGAUCUUUGAGUCAUCAAACGGAGGAUCUACGUCCGACGCGAACGAUCGCCGGGAAUUGAACGUUUUGCAAACAAGACACGUGGCUUUCAACGGUACACGACAUCGGUCCAGCUCGAUUUAGUCACGAACGACAGCGCGAAUGGUGUCUCUACUUUUUUUUUUCAAGCGUCACUUUUAUAUCAGCUAUUUGAUCGGGAUCUUUAUUCCAUCGUCUGCCUAGAAACUGCAGAUACGCUCGCUCCGAGACUUUAUCGCAGCUGGUCCUAGAUAAGAAUAAGCCCGAGUUGACAGACCGAUUGUAAUUCGAUGAUAAUUUUUAAUUAAUCGUUCGAACGUAUUCCGAACGUACUCUGCGCCAAGUCGACGAUUACUUUAUACCGUAAGAGAGAAAUAAAAAAGAAAGGAGGGAGCUAAACGAACGAAGAUUUAAUUUGCGUGGACAAUCUCGGUUUUACAUGAUACAAGUCGUCAACCUUUGUCACCAAUCAGACUGUAGAAUUUCGAUAAUGUUCAGCCCACCCGUGUAUUAGCUUUAGUCGAUAAUCCAACGGAAAAAUCGUGCGCUCCGUGGAACGGAAGUCUGUUUCCACUCGAAGUGAAAUAAGACGAGAUCCCGCGAGCGUGAGAAGCGUGUAAGCCGAGAGUAGAGAAUGGUCGAGGAAUUUCCACGAAGCCUCUUCGAUCGCUCGGCAAGCCCGGGGUCCGGUAGUCGUUAUGUACAUUGGUGGCUCGCAUAAAGGCCACGGAAAGAGCCGAAACGAGACGGAAGGGACCGAAGUGUAACGCCGACGGUCGAGCACGAGCAACCCUCGGCAGGCUGCGACUGCUAUGGCUAUUGACCGAACUUGGCGGACCGGCCGGUCAGCUGUGCGCCGAGCCGCCGGAGAUAUUUUCUCUGGCAGGAAAUCGUCAGCGUAGAUGUAUGAUUCGCGGCCGGUGGCAACGGCAAAGAAAAGCCUGCCGGAGAGAACGGAGUCGUCGAGUGUGUCGGACGAGAUCCGUGGAAAAGUUUGACGCUUCGGCAACGAUCGGCGAAUGUGGAAAGGCAGAAGAAACCCAGAGAGACGAUAUCGGACAGCUAGACAGAGAGUCCGUGCCAAGUAUCGUAGUAUGUGACCGGUGAUUGGACAAGAAAUUCGUGGUGCGACUUAACGCUGUGUGUACUUUGGGAAAUCAUCAAAGAACACUGACUGAUUUCUCGCGACUUUGGCGACCGCGAUCGAGUGAAAGCCGAAAACUUGGAAACGUUCUCCUUAUGCUUGUGAAUGAUGGAAUAAACUUGCACGGAGUAGGAGGACGUCGGUGUGUCACGAAAAAGAGCAGAAGAAAUAUAGAGGAGAAAAAGGGGAAGAAGUUGAAGACUUGGCCCGCGGUUGGUAGUCGGCACGUAGACCGGCUGUACUCGGCCAGCAGACGAGUGUGAAACAGAGAAGUGGAAGAGAGCAAGGGAACGAAACGCGAGAGAAAGAAACAAUAGUAGCGAGGGUAGAAAAAGAGAGGGCGACGAAAAGAGUGAAGGAACGAGAACGGUGGUCGGGAAAGAGAAAGAGUAUAUCGCAGAGGAAAAAGACAGACGUAUAGAUAGGUGUCGUGCACAUACGUGCAGAAAGUGACGUGUGUACCGUCGUCGUGUGUGCAGGUGUGCGCGUGGUGCAGGCUGCCGGUGCAAAAAGUGCAGUGCCCAGUGGACUUUUCCAUCUCGUGCGUGCGCUGUUUCUGCGAGUAGGCACGUAUAUGCCGGUGUUCCGGUGUGGACUGAUCGGAGAACGAAUAGGACGGUAAGAGAGUUCGAUACUAUGGUUUUCUUAUGCCAGAAGCUCGAUUAAUGAAAGAAAAGUCUCGUUUCAAGUGCAUCGUAGCUUUUCGCAGUAUUGUCGAAAUUCGGCUGUGUCAUUUUGUAGGAAUUGGAAAAUCGAGAAGCAAGAAUCUUUUAGUAUCGAUUUAAAAAGCCUACUUGAAUCGUUUGUCUCGACGGAACGGUCUAUCAAGGAGAAAAGGAUAUACGUGUGGCGAGAAAAGAAACGAGGUAAUAAGAUCGUCCGUGACGAACUGCUUUACCGACAGACCCGUUGACUCACUGUUGGUAAGGUGGCUCCAUAGUGAUCUAUCGACGAGGAAGAACGCCAGGCAGACCGAGGAGACGCAGCAGUCGCGGAUUACUGGUGGUCGUGAUAAGGGCAACCGCGGAUGUGUUCCGUUUUGUGAUCGACGAUCUUUGCGCGGAUCGUUUGAAUCGACGUCUACUGUUUAUUACACAAAGAACGAAGAAUAUGGAAACGUUGUUAAUUGGUUUUAUCGUACGGUCGAUGACCGACUGUGAGAAUUAAAAAAGGAAGAGAAGUCGCCAGAUUCUCGCGCAACGUUACGUGUGACUUGGUGAACUCAUGAGAUUAGCUGAGCACGUUUCUACCAUGAACGACCGCUCCUCUGUUCGUCCCUCGCCGCAACUCGAGAACUACUUUGUAACUAUAUCUAACUCGUGUUGAAUUAACGCACGCUAUCAAGACGGCAGACAGAAGCCGGUUGUUUUACCGCAAUUAACGACUACGAUCGAAGGUUACGAAGAUCCAGAGCACCAACAACGUCCUUUUUCCAACGCGCUCUCUGUCUCUCCAUCUCGAUCUUGAAAAGGCAGUGAUCGAUUUCCCACGGGAGACUAAGAGGUUAGAAGAAGUAACACGAAAGGAGCAACAAAGCAACGAAUAAACGUUAACGGGCACGUUUGCUUCGGUAGGCAGAAAUAAUCGGAGAUCGAGGCGCGCGCAUGUCGUUGGAUCCGCGACCGAUUCGAUCUGAAGCGUGCGCGAGCAGAAAAUCUUGUUCGACCGCAUUGGUAAAAUAAUUCGAUCUAAUUGACGAAGGGAACCGCUUUAAGGUCAUCUGGACUUGCUCUCUCGAAUAACCCACGAGGAUCUCUCUUCUCUCGUCUAUACAGGCUCGCGGGACUACGUUGAAAAUCGUUCGGUGUCGUUGCUUGACGAAACCGGUUUCGUUCGGCUCGGCGAAUCUCGGCGUUUAUACAAAGGUCGUGUGUGCGCGCACGAGAGAGAGAGUGGUAGGAGUGAGAUUUAUGGAAAACGAAUUUACACGAGGUCACACCCACGGCAGCGACUCUCUCUCUCUCUCUCUCUCUCUCUCUCUGUUUUUUUUUAUUUUCUCUUCUUUAUCUGUGGUGUCCAUCUAUUUCCACUUGGAGAGUAUAUUAAUAAUAAAGGACGAAGUUGAGGAAUGCAGCUCGAUUCACGUCAUUGGAUCACGUCGUUGGAUCACGCCGACCGAGAAGAGGUUACCCAUUGGAAAUUCGACGGACCUCCUCUCCCUCCUUUACGCUCUCUAUCUCUUUUCAUGCUAAUAACGAGUGGAAUCUUUCCUUCUCAAAGAUAUCGACGUGUUCGACGAUAAGCUAACCAUCGAAUACGAAACGACACGUUUCUCCGCAGCUGAUUGGCAAUUAACAUUGCGGCGAUUGGACGGAGCCGGUUUUCAGCGACGACUAGAAGAAGCCCUUCGAAUAGAACACAGAGAAGAUCGAGGAUCGCGCGUUAUCGUUUGGCCGUGAGAAAAAAGAACGGACAUACCGGCGAAUCGACGAAUCACGACCUACUCUACUACUACGUCUGUCUCGGACGAAUAUCCGAUCGCUGAAUUGCUCUCUGCCGCGUCUCGGAAAUAGAAAACGAAAGGAAAGAAGAAAGUGUGCAGCGAAGCUGGAUCACGGCUGCGUUGGUGGCGGCGACAUGCGAAUGACCUUGAAACGCGACUCGACCGAAGCGAUCACGUUUUUAACACGCGAGAAUCUGACAACGACGACGAGAACGUACCGUCCCGGAGGGCAGUGGAGACAGGCGAGUAAGUAAAGUAAGUAGUUUGUGUGUGUUCCGUGAGACGGAACCGAAAGGCGGAACCUCGAGAGGAAACCUCGCCAGAGGCAGACGAGGCGAACGCGAAGGCGACGAUGACGGGCGACUCGCGUCGAUCGAGGGAGGCUCAGGACUCGCCGGAAAGUAACAACUCGAAAUCGACAGCCUCAGUGGAACCGUUUAAUAAAACCUAGUCGUGGCUGGAGCUUUGAUGAUCGUGAUAGGCCUCAGCGAUGAAGCGGGCGUCGAGUGCAUCCGCCGCAGCUGCUGCGACCGCUGCUGCCUCGCAGGUGCAGCCUGCGGUCAGCUUACACGGCAGGAUACACGAUCUCUUUAGCCCGAUAACGACGGCGAGCUACGCGGACAAGGAGGAAUACGAGAAGCUCGCCGAAACCAAGUUCAGGACCGACACGACCAAAGUAUUGCCCAAGGGAAACCCGAACGAUGACACUAAAGCUAAAUCCACGGCCAUGUCGCGGCUCUUAGCCGUCGAUUCUGACAAUUACAUGCUUCGCAAAGGCGCCACCUCGGCGAACGCCGCCGUCGCCUCGACGUCCGCCGUCUCCGCGACGAUCGUGCCGCCAACCUCGGUACCGAACGCCUCCACCUCGAUCGCCCCUAAUCUGCAACUUCAUCCCAGACAGAUACAACCGCCACGUAAUUUUCACGCCAACCUUCUCGCCAUUAACAGCAACGGAGCCUACGGUGAUCUUCAAAGUACCAUUACGAUCAGCGCAGCGACGAGUCCCGCCAACUCCACCAAAUCUCUGCCCACCAACGAGCCAUCGUCACCCCCAGAACCAGUCAGACCUAAAGGAAGUGCCGCGUUGUCCUUGCUCAAACGAUACUCCGCUAACCAGCAACAAACCCACUCUGUCAAUAAUACCACUUCCUCCUCUUGUUCCGCAAAUUUCACGAACGUUCCCGUAAUCCGAAAACAACAAGUUUUGAAGUCAUCGUUGACCGCCUUUGUGGACGAGUUUCGAUCCGAUCCAACGUUGAAAAGCACGUCGAAGGAAUUGCCGGAAAGUUCAGAGGAAUUCGCGCGUCUCUGGCCGAGCGGGCUGUUUCCUUGCGCGAGAGCAGCGUCGUUCCAUCAAUAUCUGUGUUCGUGCGAGAAUCUCCUGCGGCAACAAAACGGCGAAACGUCGAUGAACGGUGUCGCGUACGAUCUAGUGACAGAGAAUGGCGUCUAUUCGAAUUCAAUCGGUCACGAGGGCUUGGGCGGUGAUAGCGGGCAGCGUGCCCUUGACAAGGGCACUGGAGCCGGCCGUGAGCCGGCUGCUAUGCGUAAUCUAUGCUGUUGCAUGUGCGGUUCUCUAUGUCCUCCAGAGUGCCAUGCGUGCUUCCACGUGGUCUGCUCGGAGCACAGCGGGCAGCACCUCUGCCAAUGGAGUAGCAAGGGUCACGCGCUACCGGGCCAGGUUCUCGACAAGGACAAGCCCGUAAGCGAGUGGACGUCCCUAAACGUCGUCGAAUGGAUGGCUGCUCUAAAUCUCUACCGCUAUGCGGAUGUUUUCAAGUCUAAGGACGUCAAGGGGAGCGAUCUUCCUUUUCUGGACCGGGAUAAGCUGAUGAAUAUGGGCAUCAAGGAUGACUUCCACCAGAAGACCAUUUUAGCCUGCAUCGAGGAGCUCUGUCAUGCUACGUCUGCAAGCGCCACGUUGUCAGAGGCGGCCGUCACGGCUACGCCGAACUCGUCCUCCGGUACCGUGGUCAACGAGGCGAUCACCGGUGGUAGCGGCACCGUAGCCACCGGCAAUUCGCCGCACACCCUCAUGCCUCAGAGCUUUAGCGUGUUGGAGAAGUGCGAUAAGUGCCAUAAAUACCUGAGGGGCCUGCUGCACCAAGGCUUUCUCUGUCUAGAUUGCGGCCUGGUAGCUCACAGGACUUGUACAGCAACGGGUUUACCCUCCAACUGCAUACCAGUCGACUCGGAAAACCGUAGCCAUAGAUUUACUCCAGUAUUCGGUCUUGGCCUGUGUUCGCAAUUCGACAUCUCCUCGCGCUCGGCUCCGCUGUUGGUGGAACGAUGCACUAGUGUCUUGGAGGAGAAGGCAUUCGAGGACAGCACGCUGGAUCUGUACAAAGUCUACCACAGUAGUCCUCCCAACGAGCAAACUUUGGAACUGCGGCAAAAAUUAAACGAAGAUGUGUGUAACGCUGAUCUAAGUUCGUAUAGUGCUCAAUGCGUAGCGAGCGUAUUGAAGAAAUUUCUACGAGAGUUGCCAGAUCCUGUGAUUCCUGUACAGUUUUACGACAGAUUUAUAGAAGCAUCCAAUACGAAAAACGAUGAGCAGUGUGCAGCACGCCUGGGACAGCUCGUUUCAGAACUUCCAGAUCAUCACCGUAGUACUUUGUUUCACUUGAUGGCUCAUUUCUGUCGUAUCUGUCAAUUACAACACGGAAGGGGUUACACGGAACCUCCCACAAUCCUUAUACAAGUGCUGUGUCAUAUUUUUGUUAGACCUCCUUGGGAACGGAUCGUACAAAUAGUACAUAAUAUCGAGGCGCAUAUACGAAUAGUGGAAGUGUUGUUGUUGCAUGGUGAUUGGAACGAGAGACUGCCUCAAUUUGCGAGCCCACCGCAAUUACCACCGCGAAAAGUUUCGAGGCCGCAAUUUCCAGUUUUAGAUCCGUUCUCCGUUCUCGACGAGGAUAAUUCGAUGGACCGAACGGUGUCAGUCUCGGAAAGCAAGGAGUCUCAGCAGCAACCCCACAGGCCACGCACGCUUCAGGAGGCUGAAUGGUAUUGGGGAGAUAUCACGAGGGACGAAGUGAACGAGAAGAUGAUUGAUUCGCCGGAUGGCACUUUCCUAGUACGCGAUGCGUCUUCGAAGGGUGGGGAAUACACACUGACGUUGCGUAAAGGUGGGACCAACAAGCUUAUCAAGAUUUGUCAACGGAACGGAAAAUAUGGCUUCUCGGAGCCGUAUAACUUUCAUUCGGUUAUCGAGCUGGUGGAUCAUUACAGGAAUUGUUCUUUGACGCAGUAUAAUUCCACGCUGGACAUUAAACUGUUGUACCCUAUAUCCCGGUUUCAACAGGACGAUGAAAUUGCAAGUACAACGGACAUGGCGAACGUUGCACAGAAAUAUGUAGAACUUGAUAAAGAGAUAACCGACGCGUUGAAAGAGUAUAGAGAACUUUCGGAAUUGUACAAUAGAACGUCUUUCGAGGUCCAGUUGAAACGGCAAGCGUUAGAAGCUUUUUCGGAGGCUAUCAAAAUGUUCGAGGAUCAAAUGAAAUUGCAAGAGAAAUUUCAGAAAGAAGCUCAACCGCAUGAAAUAUCAACAUUAACUGAUAAUGCCGAGUUGUUAAAACGAAGACUGAAAUCCUUAGAAGAUAGCAGGGAGCUGUUGGACUGCGGUUUGAAGGAACAGAUCGCCUACAAUAGAACUCUGGAAAGAGAAAUGCACAAAUUGAAACCCGAGCUAUUGCAACUCGUACGUCAAAGGGAUAAACAUCUAAUAUGGUUGAAAAAGAACGGUAUGAAACAGAAUAAAAUAAGCCAACUCGUGCUAAAUCAUUCGUUGUCGAAUCCUUUGUUGGGUGACUUGGCGUACGGAGAUCUUCAAGAAGUGGAUCUUGAAGUCCAUUCCGACGAAACGACUUGGCUAUAUCUCGAAUGUUCUCGGUCCGACGCCGAUCGGAUACUCGCUGAGAGGCCAGAUGGUACUUUCCUUAUUCGAACAUCAAGAACAGGACAAUACGCACUUUCCAUCAUGUGUAACGGUACAGUGAAUCAUUGCAUAAUAUAUGGUACCGAACGUGGUUUUGGAUUCGCUGAACCGUACAACAUCCACAAGAGCUUGAAACAUUUGGUGCUACAUUACGCACAGAAUUCCCUGGAGGAACACAAUGAAAGUCUUAACACGACUCUGGCUUAUCCAGCUUUUGCCUCGCCCGCUGCAUUGUCGCAGUUGCAGGCUCAACAAAUGCAGUUACAGAUGAAAAUGCACACGCAAAACCAAUUACAGCUAACACGUCCCCUCGAAAAUCAACAUUACAUGACGCACACGUAAUGCUGGUGUGUCGAUCAAUAGAAUUACAGAAUUAAUUAGGAUGUACGUGUGCAUGAAUGUUUCCGAGAUUAACGUCGAGGUGUGAUUUAGAAAUUGGAAAUUAACGAGGUGAUGACAAAUGGUAUUUCGAGGAGGGCCCUGUGAAAUUUCUAUUCGUUUUAAUCGGUACGGUGGUAUUAUCUAGGGAAAAACAAGACGCGAUAAUUGAUCGUUCCAUUUUUAUAGGUCGGAGGUAAACGCUUCCUUAAACAAAGUACAGUGGUAUCCAUAACGAAGGGAGAAACAUUGGUAGCGGUAGCAACUCUCAGAAGCUAUAGUUUAUAAUGUAAUUAUAUACGUAUGUUACCGUGGCGCAGCAAAUAAUUGUUUCGGUCUACAGGACCGCACUGCAUAGAUUUUACUAUUCUCUCGGGGUUUGCAGACCUUUUUGAUAGAUCUUAUGGAUGAUCGACUGAAAAAAUUUACUUGAGCAAGUUUGCGAGACCCUGAGUACUGAGAAAUAAUCUUUUGUUGUCAGUUUGUAUCUUCGAUAUAGGGAGAAUCGUUUGGGUGUUGGAACGUGAUACGUUGCAUUUUUCAAGAUGCACUUAUUCGAUCGAAUACGUCAGAGUAACAGAGGCAUAUAUCUAGUCUUACAGGCAAUUUGAUGGAAGAAACAAAUACGAUAGAGCAGAACGAAACAUAAGUCUGACCACGCUCAAACUACUCGCAGUUUCGAUUGGUAAUCAGGGUAGUUGCAUUUCGUAAAAAUUUGAUACUAAUCUAAGGUUGAUGAACGCAUCCGUUCUUCUCGGGGCUAACGAAUAAACACAACACAUUUCGUAGACCGCUGUACUUCUGACUUCUUCGAUAAUUUUUUGUGAAUAUUUCCCAGACCUCCGUUUGUGUAACGCGCGGUACGCGAUACGCGCGGGCAUCGUUUAUCGUGAAUAUGAUUCACAAAGUAUAAGAUCUACAACAGUGAUAUUAGAAUAUAUAAUUAGAACGCGUCGCAUAGAACAUAUAACUGAGCCUUUUGGAUGCUUACGGAAUGUUUUUGGUAGUGAUAUACUAAAGUAGCAUCGAUCACGGUUGAACAACUGGACGACGAGGCUGGUUUUCGGAUAUUUCGAUCCACGCUACUUCCGAUCGAUUUUCCAUUUGAAACGUGCCCGCCCGCGUUGCUUACGAACUUCAUUACAACGAAAAGGAAAAAAGAAAAAAAAAAAAAAAACAAAAACAAAGUUUUUCACGGAUGCGCGGGAACUUUUUUAUAUAUAUAUGUUAGAUUUCAAGUGCUGUGCCAGAUCUGUAUAGGCUACUACGCGUGUCGAAACACGUGUGUGUGCUAAGGGAGAGAGUGAGAGAGAGAGAGAGAGAGAGAGAGAGAGAGAGAGAGAGAGCGAGUGGGAGAGAGAGAGCGAGUGGGAGAGAGAAAGGGAAAUCGUUUUUCGAAAAGUUAAACAUAUUGUCUGUGAUUUCGGAUUGCCGAGAAAGGAUAUAUAUAUAUGUAUAUGUAUAUACAUAUAUAUGUAUGCAUAUAUAUUAUACCGUGUCUAUAAUUUUCCAAUUGAUUUUUGCAAUUCGCUUUUCUUCUCUAUCACUACUUGUUUUUUCCCUUUAAGGUUUACGAAGCGUGUGAUCGUUGGUUUAAUACGCGCGUCGAUUUCGACGAAUAUAGGUAGAAUUAUAUUGCGACGGAAUGUGCAGAAGCUAAUGGUGAUUUUAUUAAUUGUAACUUUUUCUUACGUUCGGUACUUCCUUUCUGUGCGUCGUGUCGAGAGUCUUACGAGUCUCGUCGCGCUCUUUUCUCUAUUCGACUCGGUGUAUUGCAGUCCCUGAAACGUCACGAGACGUCGUUUUCAUUUGAUUUUAUCCGUAUUCCCAUUGCACCGAAUACCGGUAAAAUCUAUGCACGCAGAACGCGAUGUUCUCGUAAACGUGGAACAGGGUCGAUCUCUUUCUCGCUCUUAAAUGUCAAAGCUCAUUGUGCUCUUUGAAUGAUCUCAAAAGGUAACGGUAGUCUCGUUGGUUGGCACGGCAACGAGAAGAAUCACGGUUGAACCGGUCGCGAUUGAAUCGAUACUCGAGAAAUUUUACGUAUUACAUUGCGGUCCGUAAUCGUAAAAGUGUAUCGAGGGCGAUCCACGCGAACAAUGGUUUCACGACUUGUAGCGGUCACUUGAGUCGAAAACGACGAUUCUUCCCGUUCUCGUUUCUUCCCGCGUGAUUCUCGCUACCGCAUAGUCAAAAGAAAACUGAACCGAUAUAAUAUAAUGGAUCGAUGGACGAGCGAGAAACGAUCUCGAGCUUGAAAGAGUUGAAAGCAGCGACGAGCUUCAAUUUUUUGUUCUUCUCUUUUCUUUUUUCUUUUCUUGGUCGUUCGUUUGUUCCGUAUAGGAUGAUGAAUUUCGAGGAUAGGCAAGAUAGAUGGACAAAGACGCAAGCGACAGAAGGGGGGAAAACAGACUGUUUAAAGAAGAGAAAGGCUCGUUGCUCAUCCUAAAGGCUUCGAAUUACGUAGAUUUAGGUAGCUUAGGUUUUUUAUACGAGAGAAACAAAUUAAGUGCCCUGGCGCUGAUAGGCUUAUAUAUCGUAGAUUCCGUGAUCGUCCAAUCGCGUACAGGUGCAGUAUUCGAUCGUUGUUCAAUCGCAUCGUCACCGGGUCGCCCGCUUCUUCGACGUUUCGAUUAUUCAAGUCAUUGAACGUUUUGCUUUCGGAAGUCGAUAGUUUCCUUUGCAUUUUAAUCCGUUUAUCGUUCGACGUGUUUCGUCGAUUCUAACAUAGGUCUUUAUGUUUAUCAUUCUGCACGACUGUGAAAGAUAGAAAGAAACACUAGGAGAAGAAACUCGAAGACAACGUUUAUACCGUCGAUAGGAAGAAGGAAGAGCUACGAUAGAAUCGACAGCGGAAUUAAACAUGUAAUUAUAAUUUCAAAUGGCUGAUUAGAAUGGUAAAGAAAGCCACGACUUGCCUCGAAUAAUUAAUGACAGCGAAGCAGACGGAAACGUGCAAUCCGAUGACGGGAAGCGUAGCUUUUACGUGGUAUGACCAGCUGUAACGGCGACGAGUUCGAGAUCCGCGUUGAACAUUCACUGGAAUAUUCGAAUCGUCGAAUCCUCGUUGAAAUCUUCAAAUAGAAAUAAAAGAUACGCGCGUAGAGAGAGAGAGAGAGAGAGAGAGAGAGAGAGAGAGAGAUCUUCGAAACCCACGACCAUUACUGCUCUUUUUGUAGUUGGUUCUCGAGUUUGGGAGAACACAGACCGGUUGCUUGUUCCAACGGGAUCCAUCGGGUUUCUCGCGACUCGCUCUCGUCGUCCUUUCUCAGGAGCAGGAGUAACGCAAUCCACACAAGUUAAAAGUACACGACUACACACACGCGACCAUCGUACAUUAUCAAAUACAUAUAAACACACGUAAACAAAGUGUGCGCAGAUGCAUGCCCUUGUGCGCGAAAUACAAACAGUGAGUUAGAGAUAAAGAAGAAGAAGAAGAAGAAAAAAAAAAAACAUAAAAAAGAAAAAAAAGAUACAUUCGUUGGCGAAAGAGUAUAUGUCGUGGAAGUAUGAUGAAAAAGAGGAGAAUGAUUUGAGAAAAAUGGAAAAAAAUAUAUGAACAUAUAUAUAUUAUAUAUAUUAUAUAUCUAUAUAUUUUUACUUACUUUGAAAACAAACCUUUAAUUGAUUAUUUAUAAUAUAUUCGUGCGUAUGUUGUAUACAUAUGUGUAUAUACAUAUAUUAUAUCGUAGCAUCGUGGUGUACCAUUCGAAGGUACGUAAACCUUGACGAUCGCGUUUUCCACGAGGAACGACGCGCAUCGUGGAACGCGAGAUCCGCAAGGCUCGUGCGUUUUCGAAUAUCGUCGAUGAAAGGCAACGUGCACGCGUGCACACACACACACACACGUUCAACAAUUUUUCCAGGGAAAGACCAGGCAUCUUUUUGUAAUAACGUGCGCGUUUGUCUGUGACAAGCGUCGACGAUUAAUAAGCGCGACCGAAGACGUUUCUAUUUUUAAGGCCGAGCGAAAUACGCUUUGGCAUCGCUCGAUCGGAACGUGAUCGCGAACGGCUGCGCAACAUCGACUGGAAUCGUUUCAAUUUUCACGCGCCCAUAUUCGAAAAACGCUAUUGGCUUGUCUUGACCGAUCCUUUCUUUCUUUCAUCGUGUGCACGCGUUUACGUCGAUAGAUUGGAUCGCAGGCGGUUUAUUUGGAGCAUCGAUGGAGGCGAAUAAGAUUAAGAAAGAACGCGAGAUGCUCGCGCGCAGGUGAAACCAAGGUCGGGGUAAAUUAAGUGCAACAAAUACUCUGUGUAUAGAACGAAUACGGAACGAACUGGGCAUCGGAGAAAAUUCAAAUAUUCAGUGGUUAUCGUAGUGGCGAGGGAAUUUACCGGGUCAACGAAAGGAAAUUAUGUUUGCAACUAUGAACGAAACAGGACGAGACCGAAUCAUUCCAAGUAUUUGUCCUUUGGGCUUGAUUUACCUCGAUCGUAUUUAAUCCACUGUACGGAGUGGGCUAUAUCCGAUCUAUCCGAGUCGAUUUUUCACGUAGACUCGAUCACGAUCGACCGCGAGACGUUGAUCUCUCGCGGUGUCCUUUUGUAUUUUUCGAAAAGGGGACGAGUCCUCGUUUGAGAUUUUAUGGCAUAAUAAAAAAAGAGAGUCAGGCAACGCUGAUUGUCCGAUACAAAACACGUGUCACAUCACGAUGUACAUAGAAAUAUAUCCGAGCUAUGGUGGUGAGGCUCUUUUAUAUAUAUAUAUAUCAAUAUAUAUAUAUAUAAAACAAACAAAUACUAAUAAUAAAAGAAAAAAGGGAAGAAAAAAGAAGGAAAAGAGAAUGAUUUGGAAAUUAACGUGGACUUCUCGGCGGGACCGGUCCAACAAUUUCUUUCACGAGCCGAAACUUUAGCGAACGCUCGACCAUUUCCACGACGGUGUUACCUUCGCGACACUUGUUCGGUCCGAUGAUCCUUGGAACGAUCGAUAUCCUUUUUUUACAUUUGUGCCAGCGUGUCGACCGCCGUGCCUCGUCGAGUCGACGAGUCAAUUUCGGGGAACCAAAAGAAAUUCGAAGAUACGAGGAGAACUACAGAGAAAUCGGAUCGACUGGACGAGGCACCAUGAUUUUUGUCGGCGAUUCAACGGGUGCUCGCUCUGGAUCGAAACGAGAUCGAUGGUUGGAAAAAGGGAUGAGAAUCGUUGGAUGGUUUGGCGAUUGAAGAAGAAAGAGGGAAUUUUAAGGGGACGAAAAACGGUUGGGAAGAGAAAAGAAAAGAAUGAUGCGAGAUGAGAGAAGAUAACGUGUAAAGUUGCCUUAGUUUUUCUACAAGUUGAACAGGUGCGAUAUGUGAGCGAGAGAGAGUGAGAGAGAGAGAGAGAGAGAGCGUGCAAGAAAGAGAAAGUAGAAAGGUAGAGGAACAGAGAGGGACGAGAUAUUUCGUACGGUGCGAAUCGUCGAUAGACGAUCGAUCGACGAUCAACGAGAAUAUAUUGUACGACGGCAAAAGAAAAGAAAAGAGUGACAAGAGAUGAUCGAUCGAGAGAGUGAGAUAUUCUGGUGUGCUCGUCACGAAAUGAAGAGCCUUGCAACAUAAAGAAAGAAAUUUUCUGCGAAACAUUGAUAAUCAAAUCGUAUCGAUAACACCUAUCGUAAUCGAAACCAUAAUUUCUAAUACAUAAAUAGCGAUUCCUGUAAUAGUAUGCGAGCGCCGAUUUUUCCUGACAUUUGGAAAACUCAUAUAGAGGAUACGACGAACAGUUUCUCUGGACGUUCGUAGACACUCUUUUUCUAAUAUUUGCAGCAAUAUGUAUAAAUAAUAUAUUACUCUGGCGGUUUAGCUAUGGGCAAAACUCUCAGGUUCCAGUUACUAACGAGAUAUUUAAACUAACCUAACGAACUAUUGUACACGGAGAAAACGAGUAAUUUAAGCGUUACGAUACGUCCUUUUAUCGAGUAAACCGAUGAAACAUGGAUUCGAUUCCUCUCUUUUGUCAAUGCUAACGAUUUAAGUAGAAAGAAACAGGCCAAUAGGAAAUAGAAACUAGUGGAAAGAACGAAGGAUCGCCGUAGACCAAUAUAUUGUUACCCUAGGCAUAACGAAUUAAUUGUAAAUUGUAAAAUCGGAGUAUCUCUUGACGCCUCUGCUCCAGAAAUGGCUGAGAUCGGGGAAAGACGAUUCCAAGAGAAAGUACGAGAGUCUGGCGAGAGAAGCGUGUGUAUGUUUGAGAAGAUGCGAGAAGUUAAAGAGCAAGAAUGUUAAAGAUCACGCAAGAACGUCGUGUAACGAUCUUCGCAAUUUACCCAAGUCUGUGUCCAAAUUACAGAAGAAAAGAGGUGAAAGGAGAAUUCGUUGAUCGUGUUGCAUAUCGGGGGCAACUAUCACCGUCUGAUAUGCUUGAAAAACUUCACAGAAUUGGGCGUUAUUCUCUAACGAAUUUUUCAUUUAAAGUUCAAAGGAAACCGAAGACGACUGUGCGUAUAAAUCGAAGUUGAUUCAUCGGUAAGCGUGGCUGCUCACUUAGCAAAGUGUUGCGAAUAUGCGCGACGUAAAAUCGUAUUCUUGGCGCGUGAUGGAUCGUCGAGGAAUUCGCGUACGCUCUCGAGGACAACGUUCGCCGAAUAAAAUAUUGCCCAACUCUGAUCUCUUGCCAGUUAAGUAAAAACACGAUACAUCCCACUUGGGGGGAUAUCUCGACCGUCUAUAAUAUACAAUACGCGUUCGAACCGCGAGAGCACGGCUUUAAGGCGAUUUCGCCCCUAUCGAUCGUCUGUGUUAAAAUAAAGCGCGUGUGUGUUUGUGUGCGUGAGAAAGAGAGGGAGAGAGAGAGAGAGAGAGAGAGAGAGAUCGGUCGCACGCGAAACCGUCUUAAAAUCGUGUUCGACGGUCGACAGAUUUCGUGUACGUCCAUUUGGAUCCUUGCCAGUCUUUUUCUUUCUUCGUUUUCCGUGGCCGGGUAUCGUGUGAGAUUCAAAUGUGUCGGUGGACAUCGGGGCGCCUGUAUGCGAGUGAAAAAGCACGAUCGUGUGGUGGUUGCGCUGCAAGGCGAUAAUCGCUGAUCAUUAAACGAAUCGGUUCAGCGAAUGGAUUCUAUUUCGCGGAUAUGCGAGAGAGAGAGAGAGUGAGAGAGAGAGAAAGAGAGAGAGAGAGGGUGGGUGGGGAGGGGAGGGAAGGGAAAGGGAUGAGAAAAAGUCGAGAGGGGCGGGUUUCGGAUACCUGGGGCUUAUGGGAUGGGGAUUACACGGGGAGGGUGUUACAAAAGAAGGUAGAGAAGAAGUUAUCGAUAUACAAUUAUUACGUUAUUAACGAAUGUAUGCUGUCCCACUGUGAUAAAACUUUUUGUUUUUGCAUGUAAAAUAUACUAUUAUUGUCAUAAGUAUAUGAGACGAUGGAAAAGAACAAAAGGAAAAAAAAAAGUGAAAUCAUAUUAUAAAAACGGUGCAUGUAUAUAGAUAUAUGCGCCGAGGCAUGCGCGAUCUUAGAACGAUCUAUGUAUGUGUACUUAUAUAUCUAUAUAUGUGCAGGCACACAGACACGAAGACACCUACACAGCAGACACAUGUAACACAACACGAGCAUCAUACAUAUAUUGUGAUUGAGUGUGCACGCAGUAAAAGUGUAUACUACUACAAAGAAUACAAAUUUUAAUUACCGGACCGACCUGUCUUCAUGCGCUUGCGAUCGAUGGUCGGAGCGAGGGUGGACGGGUGGCGGGAUCGUUCGUCGUUCGACGAUUUGGUGCAAUCCGAGCGGGCGCCAGCGCGUUUUACAAAUUUGCAAAAAUUUUCUAGCGAUUCGAAUGCUCUCGCGUUCCAAGGACCGAGAUACGAUUUGCAUAUUUUUCUUUUUUUUUCUAUUCGAACUACGGAUCGGGAGAACAGCUUGCAGUGGUAUUCUGUCGAAAUUGCGAUUGGUACAUAGCGGCUCGUUCAUUUCGAUGUCGUCUCCCGUUGGAGACUGAUCGAGGAAACGAACGGUUUAGACGGUCGACGAAAUUCUCCGCGAAUAUAUCUCGUUUGUUUUUCGAACAACAACGCGUAUAAAUUAUAUUCGGUUUUAAUGGGACACGUGGAAUUUGACGGAUUCUGUCGAAGUGCAUGAAAACUGGUGGUACAAUGAAUGUUUACUCGCUUUUUCGCGCAACGGUCAUCCUCAUAUUGUACCGUUUAUUUGGUAGUUCUACCAUGUAAAACCAUUUAUAUUUGCAUAUGAUUAAUAUGUUUUACUUAUAACA